GGGUUAUUCUACGGCUGCUCGGCUUGGUGCGCACAUUUCCUAACCGCUGUGGGGCAUGGAAAACACUGCUUUUUAUAAUCAACAUGGCAUGGUUUCUGAUGCUCACUUGGCUGUUACUGGUUGUUACUAUCGUUGACGCCAGCCCGCAAAUGAUUAUAUGUCGACGACAGAAAAAAUUCACGAAAGCCGCGGCUAUCUCGUUAAAAGCGGUCUUGUUUGUCGCUGUCUUCGCUUAUGUCAGCUGGCAAGUGCGGGAUGUGCCGUACCAUUUGAAAACUGUAUACAAUCACUACCUGCAGAGUAAAACGAAGACAUUCCGGUAAUUAACUCGGCUCGAACAGCGUACAAACCCGGACUGCAGCGUUCUUCUCAGCGUCAUAGCAGCAUUCUUUUUUUUGCUGCACAAAAGCGAGCUGGGAUUGUUCAACGAUGUUGCCGGUAUCAGCAAGCAAGGAGCGCAGUUGUGGGGGCAGUCCUUUAACCGGACGCUUGCGACACACUUUGAGGAACUGUACCAUUGGGGAUUAUACGCCAGUGUGAUUGCCGACAUGCAGUUGGCUUUGGUCCGCGGCGUCAUAACUACGUACUGCAUUCUGGCCGUGUGCACGUUCUACAAUUGGCACAGGACGAUCCACCAUCCGGGAUGCAAUGGUUACCGCGCUACACUCUUGUCAUGGCAGGCGCAUGAAGAAGAAUACUUGCAAUACAUGUAUGGAGUUUGGAGAAUGUUUACUUUAAAGCGCCAAAGCAGUCUCGCCAUCCUGUUGCGCAUAUUGUUCGUCCAUGAUUACCUCGCAUGUGCAUUGGUCCUUGAAGAGCUUUAUUACCACGAACGCGGAUGGGACCAACCAUGGACCAAUAUAAUGGCAGUGCUUUCGCAAAUUCCGAUGACCAUCGUCUUAGCGAAUUCCAUCGCUGCGGUUAGCGAUGAGGGCAAUCAUCUGACGGAUAUACUAGGCACGGCGUUGUCCCAGGUAAACGGAAUAUCGGAGGUUGAAGAAAACCGGAUAUUCCGGCAGCUCCGGCGUUUGCAAGAACGCUCAGUGGGUCUGAAGAUUGGCACAAUAUCCGUUGGCAAUGAUUUUGUUAAAAGUGCCAGCAUUGCUUUGGUGUUUCUGGUCGGAUUUAUCGCGAAGUGAAACAAUGCUUUGGUCUCACAAGCUGCUUCUUGGACUGCCGGUAUCAUAAUUUGAAACCAGCGCUCGUCUGCCG